UUCGUCAACAAAAAAUCUCUUGCAAGAACAAACAAAAUCUUCAAAUACGGUGCUUGUAAACAGAACCGAGUUUAAGUUUUAUAUUAUAAAUUAUUAUUACUACUAUUAUCUGAGUGUUACUGUGUCUAAAAUGAGUCGUAUGACCGAUCGAAAGGAGCGAUACAACUCGCUGAACGACCUGACCGGUCUUGCACAGUGUCUGUUGGACAGAAACAUAUUGAUUGAUUUGCGAAAUGAAUCUUCGGUUGCCGGUAAAAUCACUAGCGUUGAUGGAUUUAUGAACAUUUCGAUGGAAAAUGUUGUGCUAAUUGACCAGUUGGGGAAGCAUUUCCGAAUGGAAGAGUUUAUGAUUUAUCCACGAUACAUCCGGUACAUCCACAUUCCAGAAUCGAUCCAAAUAAUACCAGCCCUGGAGGAACACAUCAAGAGGUUAACAACCCGCAAACCCAGGGCCCCCGUGAAGCGAACUUUCAAGAUGAAACGUGCCCAGCUGAAGCAUCUUCAAACGGUGGCCGAAAUCUACGCAGCAAAACCGGAUUCUUCGGAACAGAAAUGAAAGGAAGCUAAAAUUUUAUUCUGCAUAUCGAUUCGUUUACUUGCCGCGGUGAUAUCACCUAAUAUUUUUUCCAUGACUUCUUGGGAGAUUCUGCAAUAUAUGUAGUUGAAAACCUUAUAGGUUCUACUCUA